AUGCCGUCAACAAAAGCCACACAAAAUCCGCCCGAGCAACAGCCGUCAUCUCAGAGGUGCAAGCGGAUCGUCGUCGCAAUAACCGGGGCGACGGGGGCAACCCUGGGCAUCAAGGCUCUCAUCGCUUUGCGCAAGUUGAACGUGAAAACGCAUCUGGUUAUGAGCCAGUGGGCCGAGGCAACUAUCAAGUACGAAACCGACUACCAUCCCUCGAAUGUCAAGGCCCUGGCAGACCAUACCCACUCGAUUCACGACAUGGCAGCCCCAAUUUCAAGCGGAUCCUUUAAAGCAGACGGAAUGAUAAUCGUUCCUUGUAGCAUGAAAACACUGGCUGCAAUAAAUACCGGCUUCUGUGACGAUCUCAUCUCUCGCACCGCCGACGUGAUGCUUAAAGAGCGACGAAGGCUCGUCUUGGUCGCUCGAGAAACCCCACUGAGCAGUAUUCAUCUGCGCAACAUGUUAGAAGUGUCUAAUGCGGGCGCUAUUAUUUUCCCUCCCGUCCCGGCAUACUAUAUUCGGGCCUCAUCGGUGGAUGACUUGGUCGACCAGAGCGUAGGCCGCAUGCUAGACCUAUUCGAUUUGGACACGGGGGACUUUGCGAGAUGGGAGGGUUGGAAAACGGCAAAGCGUUGA